AGCAUACCCGUUUAUUACGACAACUUCAAUGCGAAUCCCACAGUGGAGCCUUCGAAGCCGUUGCCGCCGCUGCAGCCACUGCACCCACUGCAACCGCUGCAGCCGGUUGGAGUCGUCACGCCCGUUGUGGGCAAUCCAGGGGGUCUGCAGACGCAGAAUUGGCCCAUUAUGGGCGCGCUGUUGCCACUGCAAAAUCUGCUAACCGGCCUCAAUCUGGGCAACUUUGGUGGCUUCGGCCAGCUGGGCAAUCUGCCAGGAUUUGGGCCAACUGGCAAGCCACCAGCAGGUGGUGCGCCCGCACAGACCUGCUCGAUCGGCCAAAAGCUCAGCUGUCGCUGUGAGCCGCUGGUCUCGCUGCGACAGCCGGAAGCCCAGAGUCUCGUGCAGAUCCUCAGGCAGAACGCCCGCCACAACGAGGACGGCAGCCAGGAGCUGCGUCUGGUGCUGAGCAACGGGCAGGUGAUCUACCAGCGCACCGACAAGGACUCCAGCAGCCAGCAGGGCUACUAUGCGGUGCCCUUCCAGGCGGGAAACUAUCUGAACAUUCGCUACAGCAUCAACGAAGCCAACUAUACGAUCAAGGCCGAGGUGGACAGCCUGGCACCCAACACAGACUUUGAGCUGUAG